AUGGAGACGAGUAUUGUAGCGGUGGAAGAAAACCAUCAGCAAAGCGAUUCCGGUACUACUGUGUCCAAGUCCUUGGGAUCACUAGUUAGAAAUAUUGAUUCAAUAUCGAUAGACCUUAAUGUUGCUAUGGAGACGAAUGUGGCAGAACAGUGUCAGCAUUUCUCAAUACGCAUUGAGACCAUUUUGAUUGCGGCAUUGAUUAUUUUCUUUUUACUUGAGAUUGGCUGGUGUUUAGAAAUGAACCUUGACAUGCAUGUCUUUUAUUCAUUUAACAUGGAGACGAGUAUUGUAGCGGUGGAAGAAAACCAUCAGCAAAGCGAUUCCGGUACUACUGUGUCCAAGUCCUUGGGAUCACUAGUUAGAAAUAUUGAUUCAAUAUCGAUAGACCUUAAUGUUGCUAUGGAGACGAAUGUGGCAGAACAGUGUCAGCAUUUCUCAAUACGUGGAUAUGUUGCUGAAAUGCGCAUAAAAGACUGGCGAAUUUGUUCACCAUUUGCAUUGGAUGGUGACCUUAAUAUGUCAGAGCAGCAGUUAAGUGUGCUUCCUCCUUUACAUGUCCCCAAAUUCAGAUGGUGGCGCUGCCAAAACUGCCUACAGGAGAUUGGUGUUGCAAAUGCUUCUGAAGAAAUUGGAGUCGUUUUGAGACACGAUAGGCUUAUAUCCAGUGGGAGUUGUUCUCACAUUCCGUCCCAUGGGGAUGCUGCAAUGAUGCCAUCAGAUUCACAUCUAGCUUUACAGCUGGACAGAAAUGAGGGGAGGAAAGCUGAUGUCAAUGCUCCUGCUAAUUUAAAUGGAGAUGAAAAUUAUUUGUCAUCAUGUAGUUAUAAAAAAGAAAAGAAUGCCAAAGUGGGACACUUGGCCGAUGCUGGCCAUGAGAAUGGUUCAGAAGAUGAUGCUGAUCAAAAGAGACAUACAGACGGAACAGGUCUAUCGACCGACAUAUUCAAAAUAUCCACCUCAGGUUCUGGAGCAUUUGUUCUCAAAUCAAAUAACAGUGGAUUGGUUGGCAUUCGUGAGCCAAACUGCAGUAUUCAGGAUGCGGCUGGUCUUUUUCCUGCAACUGAAUACCCCAAAUGCUCAGGUAGGAGUUUUGCUAAAAUCUGUCUAGCCGAGAAAACAAAUUCUGCAGAUCAUGAACAGAGAAUUGUACUGACAGCUUCCGAGGCAUCCAAGGAAGUUGGUAAGAUUGAUGAGAUGGCAAACAUUGUUCACAAUAAUACAAUCCGAGUUCCUUCCCUAGAACUGGAAAUGCAUGAUGAUGCAUCACCUGAGAGCGGUCAGCUUUUGGCUGGAGAUAGGAAUCAUGAUCAGCAGNAGGCAUCCAAGGAAGUUGGUAAGAUUGAUGAGAUGGCAAACAUUGUUCACAAUAAUACAAUCCGAGUUCCUUCCCUAGAACUGGAAAUGCAUGAUGAUGCAUCACCUGAGAGCGGUCAGCUUUUGGCUGGAGAUUGGAAUCACGAUCAGCAAUAUGAUAAUACAAGUGGUUUGCCACGUCAAAAAAUGCGAAAGGUGCGUCUGCUGAGCCAUGAGAAUGGUUCAGAAGAUGAUGCUGAUCAAAAGAGACAUACAGACGGAACAGGUCUAUCGACCGACAUAUUCAAAAUAUCCACCUCAGGUUCUGGAGCAUUUGUUCUCAAAUCAAAUAACAGUGGAUUGGUUGGCAUUCGUGAGCCAAACUGCAGUAUUCAGGAUGCGGCUGGUCUUUUUCCUGCAACUGAAUACCCCAAAUGCUCAGGUAGGAGUUUUGCUAAAAUCUGUCUAGCCGAGAAAACAAAUUCUGCAGAUCAUGAACAGAGAAUUGUACUGACAGCUUCCGAGGCAUCCAAGGAAGUUGGUAAGAUUGAUGAGAUGGCAAACAUUGUUCACAAUAAUACAAUCCGAGUUCCUUCCCUAGAACUGGAAAUGCAUGAUGAUGCAUCACCUGAGAGCGGUCAGCUUUUGGCUGGAGAUAGGAAUCAUGAUCAGCAGUAUGAUAAUACAAGUGGUUUGCCACGUCAAAAAAUGCGAAAGGUGCGUCUGCUGAGUGAGCUUCUGGGCGCAAAAAGAAAUGCUGAAAAUGGUCCUGCGAACACAGAAGGUGCUUCCUGCGGAGCAUUUGCCACUGCAUCUGCUGGGUUAGCUUCACUUUCUGCUCCCAUGGAUCAGGUGGCUCUGCAAGAAAAUGUUGGGAAGGUUCUUAAGGGUACUCAAAGGAAAAGAAAGGCGGCUCAAGAUGGACACCAAAAUGCCCUAGAUGACAUGGCCAAAAAAGUCAGGCCCCUCAGCGGAGAUAAGGACACCACUAUAUUGACUGUUGAGAUUUCCAAUUCGGAAUCAGAAGAAGAGGGAUCUGCAGGAGGGGGUUUAGCAAGUGGCAUCAAGACUCAGUUGAGAAAACUUGGAACUGCUAAAAGUCAUACGCUGGUUAGGAAGACUAAGCAGACUCAUUCUCCCCUAUCGUCUUUGCAAGAAGUUAAGUCCAGCAUAAAUCACAUCAAAAUUAGAGAUGCAAACAACUCUGAUGCUAUUGCUGAUAGCAGUCUCUCCAUAUCAAAACAUGAUGCAUGCUUAGGUAGAGCAACAAAACCCCAGUUUAGAAGUUAUCUGUCUGCACGGAAAACAGAAAGAAAAUCUAGUUUGUCUAAAAAGAAAAAUAAAAUGCCUCAUAUUGAAGAUGGGCAGUUCUCCUUAGCGCCUGGGAGUAAAACCAUGUGUGGGGAAGGGUCAAUCAAAAGAAAAGAGGCAGGAUUUAGGAGGGCUGUGCCUGAAAUAGUAAAACCUCAGUCAGCACAUGAUGUAUCCGCCAACAUAGGGCUGGAUCUUACUCUAAGCAGCUAUAUAUCUGCACAAAGAAAUGAAAAGAUUGAUCCUCUGUUGCCUAAGCCAAAGAACAUGCCUGCUAAAGAUCCAGAAAGGAAAUAUGAAGGUGCUUCCUGCGGAGCAUUUGCCAUUGCAUCUGCUGGGUUAGCUUCACUUUCUGCUCCCAUGGAUCAGGUGGCUCUGCAAGAAAAUGUUGGGAAGGUUCUUAAGGGUACUCAAAGGAAAAGAAAGGCGGCUCAAGAUGGACACCAAAAUGCCCUAGAUGACAUGGCCAAAAAAGUCAGGCCCCUCAGCGGAGAUAAGGACACCACUAUAUUGACUGUUGAGAUUUCCAAUUCGGAAUCAGAAGAAGAGGGAUCUGCAGGAGGGGGUUUAGCAAGUGGCAUCAAGACUCAGUUGAGAAAACUUGGAACUGCUAAAAGUCAUACGCUGGUUAGGAAGACUAAGCAGACUCAUUCUCCCCUAUCGUCUUUGCAAGAAGUUAAGUCCAGCAUAAAUCACAUCAAAAUUAGAGAUGCAAACAACUCUGAUGCUAUUGCUGAUAGCAGUCUCUCCAUAUCAAAACAUGAUGCAUGCUUAGGUAGAGCAACAAAACCCCAGUUUAGAAGUUAUCUGUCUGCACGGAAAACAGAAAGAAAAUCUAGUUUGUCUAAAAAGAAAAAUAAAAUGCCUCAUAUUGAAGAUGGGCAGUUCUCCUUAGCGCCUGGGAGUAAAACCAUGUGUGGGGAAGGGUCAAUCAAAAGAAAAGAGGCAGGAUUUAGGAGGGCUGUGCCUGAAAUAGUAAAACCUCAGUCAGCACAUGAUGUAUCCGCCAACAUAGGGCUGGAUCUUACUCUAAGCAGCUAUAUAUCUGCACAAAGAAAUGAAAAGAUUGAUCCUCUGUUGCCUAAGCCAAAGAACAUGCCUGCUAAAGAUCCAGAAAGGAAAUAUGGUAUUCAUCUUGGAGAGUCAAGCAUUCUGCAUAAAUCUGCCCCAACUCUGUCUUCAAGAGAAGAAUUAUUAUCUGACCUCAAUGAGAAACUUGCCCUCAGAACAGCUAUGCUUCAGAAGAGACCAAAUAGCUCCCCUCUGCUUGAAGACAAUUUUUCUUUGCAUCAACAAUUGGAUUUAUCUAGCCCAUUCAACAAUGGGAAAACCCUUGGAGUUCAGGGACAUUCUGAAGUUAUUAAAGAACAAAACGACCAAAAAGCUGAUAAGGUAUUGGUGGAAGGGAUGUCAGAUGACAUACCCAUGGAAAUCGUCGAACUUUUGGCAAAGAAUCAGUAUGAGAGGUUUCUUAAUGAAAGUGAAAGAAAUUACUGCCUAUCGAAGGAACACCCCACCAUGAGUAGAUUUCCAACUGGGAAUGCAAGGAAUGGCAUCAUCAAGACAGCUGAGAAUUUUGGGAGGUCCAAAAGAGAUCUUGUUAACUUCUCUCAUGUCAGGAGAAGCCGUUUCAACGUGGGCCAACUGGAGGAAAAUCCAACUUUAGCAAUGCUUCAUUCAUUUCCACAUAGUCAACAAAAGCUAUCAAGUGGAGUCCAACUCUCUGCUUCUUGUUCCUUGAGAAAUAGAAAUGCUCAGAAUUGUGAAUGGUAUGAUGAUAAGAUGGCAGAGAGGACCUCUCCUACUAAGAUGCAGGUCUUAGAGGCAUAUAAGACAUGCCAUGCUGGGUCACGGCAUAAUAAAGCAGUAGAACACUUAUGGUCCCACAGGACCUCAAAUCAUAUUCCUUUUGGACUCGACGUUUCUCAGAAAUGUGCUACUCAGUCAAGCAACAUGGAAAUGCAUGCACAAUCCCCAGGCCCACUGAAUAAAGGGAAAGUUAUCAGGGACAUUGAUUUGAAUACUAUAGAUCUCAAUGCUUCCGGCCUUGAUAUGCAGAAUGAGAACUUGGAUUUUGGAUCUUCAAAACGUUCAUCGGUGGAAUAUCCAUGUUUUCCCAAGCACAGGGGACCAGAGCUUUAUCCAAAGGCUACAGUAUCACUAGAUCCAUAUUCUAAUGAAACCAUACCUGCAAUGCAAUUGCUCAGCCUUAUGGAUGGUACACCUUUCAAUGUGGAUCCAAAAAAGUUCCUUGAGAAACCUUUCUCUCCCUGUGAUUGCCACCCUAAGUUCGUUAUGGAUGGAAAACAGAAUUUUCAGAAAUCUCGGUUUCCAUAUCAUCAUUCUAGGCAGUUCACUGGGCUAGUGCCUGGGGUGUAUAACACCAGCGCAAGCUCAAUGAACCCAUCAUCUGCUAUUCCUGCCGUUAAUCCAUUUGGUGUUAUGUCUCAGUAUGAUGGAAAUUUUAGAAGUCCUGCUGGUGUUAGAGGUCCAAUAUCAGCUCACUUGCAAGAACAAGAAAAGGGAAAAGGAUCUUAUGUCCCUACAGGAAAUAAAGGCCGCAGACAAUCAAAAUCUCAAUCUGCAGAUGGUGUUUCACGCAUAAUUCAUGAGUCUAUAUCUGGUCAGGACAAGCAGAAAGGGAUCCUCGGUCCUUCAAAUUAUGGUGUUUCACGCAUAAUUCAUGAGUCUAUAUCUGGUCAGGACAAGCGGAAAGGGAUCCUCGGUCCUUCAAAUUGUAUGGAGCUCCCCUUGCAAUAUCAUGCACUCGAAAAUUCAACCAAAUGCGUUGGAAAUCUUUUGCCUGUGAAAAGCAUUUCCAAAAAUGAAGUAUGCAGUUUUAACAGAAACCCAGCUGAUUUUAGCAUACCAGGAGCAGGAAAUGUUUACAUGAUUCGGGGUGAAGAUCUUAAGUUUGGGAAGAAGAAAGCCUCAAGAGAUAGGUCUAGCUUGGUUAAUGUCAAUGAUCGAAAAAAGCAGAGGGUCACGAAGCGCACAGCUGCAAAAGAGGACGCACUACAUCGUACAUCAUGAAUGUUCCCAAACUUCAAUACCCAUAGUGUUUCAGAAACUCUGUCAUUGUCUAAUUGCUGGUGCAUCAUUGAAGACUGUUUGUUGAAUUCCCCAUGGGUUUUUGUUCAAUUUCAGCGGGUGAAGUUUUCUGGAUCUCUGCAGUUUUGCACAAAGAGAAUCUUAUAAAGCUACAUGGAUGUUCAGAUAACAAAGGUGAUCAGAUUCUGCAUACAAACUCGUCAAUAAUUCAGGAACCGUAGCCAUUUGAUUUUUGGAUCCUGAUUGAAUUCUUCGUUGUGCAAGUUGAGCUAUGACAAUGUGCCGGUGCUGGUUCAUAUACAUGAAUAUGUUUCGUUCUUUCAGAAAUAAACUUCACAUGUAAAUAUAUUUUGGAUAUGUAUGUCAGUGUUUUGGUGUCAUAGUCUAUAAGAUAUCAUAAAGAUCCUCAGUGUUCCCUCAAUUUCUGAGGCUCUGAUGAUUCUUUGGUGUUGUCUGUUGCUGUUUGUGAUAGUUUUUUGAUGUAUGCUCAUUCUAAACCAGGAAGGAGAGAGAAAAAUAACAGGAAAAUAGCUUUAUUUGGGACCUGUUUGUUGUAACCUGGAGGUCCAUCUGAUAACUGAUGCUUUGGUG